AUGGGUAUUAUUCGUUUACCAUCAAUUAUUUCCGGUGUGAAGCAAUUCCACAAACUGCAUUCUGUUUUAACUAAGAACCAAAUAUCAGAUGUACCAAAAGGACACUUUGCAGUUUACGUAGGAGAAACAGAGAAGAAGAGAUACGUAGUUCCAAUUGCAUACCUGAAUCACACUUCAUUCCAGGAAUUGCUUCAGAAAUCAGAGGAAGAAUUUGGAUUUCAACAUUCAAUGGGUGGUCUCACGAUACCUUGCAAUGAAGACGCAUUUUUUCAUGUCACUUCUCGAUUGAACAAUUCCUUAUGA